AUGGCUUCGUUGGACGAGGCGAGAUUGGCAGAUAAAGCAGCAAUCGUCAACAUUGAGGAACAGCUUGAAAAAGAUGAACAGGAAGAGUGGGAGUACGAAUACUCAACCACUGAAACAGAGACAUACUACUUGACUGUCGAUCUUUCAUUUCCAGAAUUCAAGGACCGACAGCCAAGGGCGCCUCACCACAGUCGCGGCGGGUAUUACAAAACCUGGCUCGACCACAAUCCUAGUUUGAGAGGUGUUCAUGCUGGGGAUGAUAAUGAUGACGAUAAUGACAAUGAGCCACUUCCAGAACGAGAGGUUGAUGAUGACGAACCUGAAAUCGAUCCGGCACUAAGCAAUGACAAAGAUAAAGGCAAAGCAGUCGACAGAGGCGAGCCAGAGGACGACACAAGAGACGAUGUGGACAAGACACGUGGCGAGAAUGAAAACAUCCAGAUUCUUGAGCUACAUUCCGAAAAGCCGAUCAUCUCAUACAAAGGACGCACAUUUGAGGGGUCGUGGGCAGAAGUCAUUGGUACCGAAGCUAUCUUUACGGCACGCGACAGCGACCGCCCCCUCCCUGCUCUGCGCCAUCUAGAUGGAAAUAUUGAUUUUCUCGGCGCAUGUGCGUCAAGAAUCGCCACUAAAGAGACUGUUGUCAAGCCAAAAAUUAUCAGGGAGGAUCCAUUAGCCGCUAUCAGGGAGGAAUGGAAUAUUCGAAUUCCUGUUGGAAAAGACAGGUCGGGAGAAAGAGCUGAACAGACACGGUUCCUAGAAAACUUGAUGGCGAUCAAGAAGAGGAACAAGGAGAAGGAUCAGGUCACCGUAUGGGCUAAAGACGGCGAAGGUCAGGACUUCAAAGACAACCGAGACCCUGACUACAAACCCAGGCGAAGAAGAAGAUUGCUCAAUGAGGAUGGAGAGGAAGUCAUUCCAAAACGUGAGAGACGACGUGCAAGUGGGCGCAGGGGCGGCCGUCCCAGACUUCGACCUGGGGUUGUUCGUGGACGGGGCUCAACGGCCCCAACUCCAUCAGCAACUAGAGAUCUGGAAAGUACUGUGCAUGAAGGGAACAUGUCAACUCCUACUCCAAGCAGAUGGAAUGAACUGCAUGGAAGAGCUGAUGAAUACAUGGACCAUUCUGACGAUGAGGAUGACACGGACGAAGAAGAUGAAGAAGAUGACGAUGAGGACAUGACAAUGGCAGAUUGA